AUGAACGCGUCCAAAACAAAUGCUCAAAAGCAUCAGGCACUGUGGCACCACUUCCAAACUCUCCGCCAAUGCUUUGCCAAAGCUGGAGUUGAUCCCAACCUGAGCCCCUUGCACCACGAUUUGCUACAACAAUGGUGGAUGCAUGCGCGCAAGCAGGCUAGCUCUGAGGAUAAGAAGGGCUUCGACGCGUUUGUCAUGCUGAUCUGCCAGACGCUAUGGAAGCAAAGGAAUGCUAGGGUGUUUCAGUCAGGAUGUUACAAGACAGAGGAGGAAGCAGCUCGCACCCAUGAUCUCGCGGCGCUCAAGUGCUGGGGUUCAGAUUGCGGGCUCCUCAACUUCCCAGUGGACACGUACAGGCAGGAGCGCGAGAGGAUGCAGCGGAUGACACGGGAGGAGUACCUGGCGAGGCUGAGGCGCAACAGCAGUGGCUUCACAAGAGGCGUCUCCAAGUACAGGGGAGUUACAAGCUUUCUGAAAGGUGUCUUGUGCUUUGGCAUUUUCCCUCCAGAUACCCAGGAGGAGGCGGCCAGGGCCUACGACCUCGCCGCGAUACGAAUCCGCGGCCCCGGCGCCGUCACCAACUUCGACGCCGACUGCUACGUGGACAUCCCGCAGCCGCUCCCCUGCAAGCCCGAGCCGGACCCGGAGCCGGCCGCGGCCCGUCCAUGCCCGCCGGCGCCACUGCCGCCGCCCAAGAUCGAGCCCAAGGACGAGCCGGAGAACCACUUCGAGUUCGAGCGCGAGCCGCCGCCCGCCCCGGCGCUCCGCGACGACGCCGACCACGUGGACCGCGCCAUCGCCGAGGUCCUGCAGGCGCUCUGCGUGGACCGCGCCGCCUUCGAGGCCAGGUACCCGCCCCGCCGCGCGCGCGUCGCCGCCCCCGCCGGCGCAGGGUGGCCAACGCCGUCGGGCUCGGACGACCUGCCGGUGCCGGGCGACGCGGGCUUCUUCGAGGACGACAUCGAGAGCGUGCUCUUCGACGCGCCCGGCGACGCCGAAGUCCCGCGCGCCGCCACCGCCACGAUCAGCUCGCUGGCGUCUGGCCGCUGGUGGUGA